AUGGAAAGUGGCACGCUCCCUAAGAUACUCGACUCUGAAGAUAUCGUGCUGGAGCCUUUCUCAGGCGAAGAGUUCAACCGGCGCGUGUUCGUCAUCGACACCUCGAGCGAAAUCUGUGGGUUCGGCAGAAGCGCACAUGUUGCGGUCGGCCGAACCACGCGAAGGAUGCAAGUGGCGGACAGGAGCCUCCAGCACCAGGACAUGCUGGAAGCGGUGCAGAAUCAUACGCCGGAGGUGCUGGUCAUUGACGAGAUUGGAAGCCAGGAGGAAGUGGAAGCAGCAUGCCGCAUCGGUUUCAAAGGCAUCGCUUUGGUCGCCACUGCGCAUGCAAACAACUUAAAGGAGGCCAUGGACAACGUGGCCCUGCAGUCCUUGUUCGGUGGUUUUCAGACCAGCACAGUGUCAGACCAAACGGCACAACGGUCCGCGGACGGUCGCAAGUUUGUGGAGCAGCGGCGCAGUGCACCCGUGUUCAAGAGCCUGGUCGAACUUGGCCGUGGAUCUGGAGAUGAGUGGGUUGUUUACGAAGAUCUGGAAGGUGCCAUCGAUAUGAUCUUGGCAAGGAAGCCUGGCAAAGGGUCUCGGGUGCCCGCGCCCAGCCACUCGCGGAUGGCCAAGCCAGGGCCAGGCCAACGAGUCGGCAGAGAGAUGCAGGAGCUGACACCCCCAGCUCGCAAGGUCGAACAGAUCGCGGAGACGGUCCCGUGCAUCCCCGAAGUCGGUGGAAGGAUUGCGUCGGAGGAGCUGCAGGCCCGGAAAUCCAUGCGAGACCGAGAAAUUUCAGGUCGAGCCUACCGCUUGUGCUUCGACGGCGGCGUGGAUGGGGGACAUCAUGGACCUGGUGGCGCAGGAGCCAUCCUCCGUCGGCUUCGGGCAGGCACAGGCCAUCCGGAUCGGCGGACUGGGAAGACGUGGAUGCUGUACCAUCCGAAAUCCUGUCCAGAGCUCAUGGAGUAUGCUGGCCUGCUGAUUGGUCUGCGUGGUGUCAAGCAGAGUUUGCCCACCUUGCAGCCGGCCCCGGUGGUGAUUUUCAUCGAAGGCGAUUGCAAGCUUGUAGUCGACCGCCACGGCGGAGGUCCUGUGGCGCAGAGCUUGCGCAGUGAGCAUCCCGAUGUCGAAGCAAAGCUGGAUGCUUUGGCACAACUGGUGGACGAGGCAAUACGGCAGCUGGAGAGGAAGAACGUCACGGUCGAUCUUGUGAAGUGGCGCAAUCGCGGAAGGAACAAGGCGGCCGACCGGCUCUCGCACGAAGCUCGAGAAUGGCAGCACAGCACUUUCGAGCUCGAGUCGGAGGUCUUUUCACUUCUCAGAGCCUUUGAAGUCAGCCAGGUCCCAACCGUCUGGCAGUUCAAAGAAGUCCACCCAAUGCUGCGCAUCCAGGGGGGCCUCGUCAUGCACCCCCGGCAUCUCGUCGGACUUGUGGGCUUCGAGUUGAAACCGGAUUCGGCCGACGGAUCCUUCAGCAUUUCGGUGCAAGUUGACGGAAGAUGGAGCAAGCAUGAUUCCUUUUCGCUGGGCCUGGUCCCGUCUGGUGCUGCCGACUUUACUCGGGCGCAGGGCUUGAUCGCCGGCGAGAUUGGCUUCUGGUUUAGCCCCAAGUCGGGCAACAUUUGUGGGAUGCUCGGAGGGCAGAAGGCGGAGUUCGUGCUGCCUUCGUGGAUGGGCAAGCUGACCGGGUCAGUCGCGGACAGGAAGAAAGCAUCACUUCUGCCAGGCACCAGGUGGGGCAUGACCUACAGGCGAGGAAGCCUUGAACUGUUCAUGGCGAUGCCUGACAGCGAGCUGGAGUCUUUGGGAUGCGUGCAAUGGCCCUGGGGCGAAGUCGUGCCACAGCGAGCAUACUCGGCGGCAGUCUUCUUCAAGCCGAGGCGCAGUGGCUCUGGUUCUAUUGGCUGGCCGACUGCAGAGAAACCGAAAUCUAUCAGUUUUAUUGGCCGGCCACCAUCAAGCCCCUGCCAGCCGUGUCUUCCUUGCUUGCGGCUGCUGGGAGACGGCCUCGCUGCCUUCCACACGCGCGGCUGGAAGUUGUGGGGUGAGCAUCCAGGGCUGGGCUUCCUGUACCAGCUGCCAGAGGCCGAAGCACUGCACGUCCGUUGCUGCAGGAAGUGUUUCGCACUUCGCAGCCGGGAUAUGGAUGCUGAAAAUUUCCUUCGCGAGCUGGAGAUCGACAACCUCGUAGACUAUUUGGAGUGGCAUCGGAGACCAGUGCUGAACACUGACCUUCCAACCCUCGAGAUUAGCCGGGGUGUUGAAGUCUCUGGCAGAGACGUCCUCUUCCCGCAAUGUCGUUUUGAACGAUCUUGGGUACAGUUUCGUAACGGUGGAACGCGCCUAGCACUGAAAGUGCGCGGAAAGUGGACCAACCGAGAGAGCUUCCUGCUCGGCAUUACUCCCGAACGGUGCGACUUUGAGUCACGAAGUUGUAUGGCUGACCUGGGCUUCUUUUUCUCGCCGCGAAGUCGUAGUGCGAUUGGCUUAGAUGGCACAAACUUCUCUUGGCCAGAUUCCUUGGAAGAAGUGUGGUGCCAGCAGCUUGAGGAGCAAAGCAGAGUCAAAUUUGACGAAGUCGUUGGCACGCUACCGCUGGAACAUCGAGAAGGUGCUUGCUGGUGUAUCCAAAGAACGGAUGAGAACGAACUGGCUGUCUUCUACAAGCCAGCUGCACCCGUGAAGGGCAUCGACCACAAUGAGUGGGUACUGCUGGGCUUAGUGCCAUGGAAGACUUCAAUUCUGCAGCAGUGGGACCACUGGUUCUUCACCAUCGCGUUCAAGCCUCUAGCUGGAGGUUUCACAAGUGAUUCCCUUCCGACUCGCGCACCUGGCCCGUCUCUUGGCCAUGGCUGCGGCAUGAACUCUCCAUCUCCGCGAGAGGCUGGAGAUCUUCCUCGCGUCGAAGUGUUGUCAGAGGAGGACCUGGCUGGAGACUUCUUCGGCACGGCUCCCUCCGUCAAAUGGGAUAUUGACGGCUGCAACUUCCGCUGGGAUGGUCCGAAAGUUCUGGUUCAGCGACUGCGUGUCUGUGCUCCUUCUGCUACUGUCGAGGCCUCAGGAAACUUUCAGCUGAAACAUGCCGAUGGGACCGGCUCACGACUAAGCAGCCCGGUGGGUGGAUGGGUCGAUCUGUUUCCCACGGGUCAGGUGCAAGCCGUUAAGGCUCAUCUGGUCAUUGAGGCCUCGAGCCAGGUGUGCAGCGCAGUGGGGACAGGUCGAGUCGCCUUGAGCCAAGAGGCGUUAGAAAUGCCUUCGACAUGCGAGGUGUCCCGGGAAGAGGCGGAGGAGAACUCCGUCAAGGCCGGUCCGUAA